AUGCAGCGAUGGAUAUUUUGGGGUAUGCGAGGAGGACGAGUCACUUCGAUUUUCGUUUCAGAGAGGUACAGUAGUCUAGAGGGUUUCAGUUUUCCUGGGUUCGCUGAUGCGGACUUUGCAAGCAAGGCAGCAGACCGUAGGUCGGUAUCAGGGGGGAUCGUCACGUGUGGAGGAGGCGCCGUGUCUUGGUUUUCCAGAACGCAGAGGUGUGUUACGAUUUCAACGACAGAAGCAGAGUACGUCGCGCUUGGUGACGUAGUGAAGGAGAUCUUGUUUUUGAGGCAAAUUUGGCGUUUCAUGUUGCCGCAGGUCGGCAUGCCGUGCAUCCCUGUCUUCGAGGACAACCAGGGGGCGAUUCAACUAGCGCAGAACCCCAUCUCAAACUCGAACUCGUAGCACAUAGAUGUAAGGCACCGUU